AUGCCUCGCACCGGCGGCGGUGUUUUUGGCAGGAAUGCUGGGCCCGUCCUCGAGAUCCACCCGAGCUCGCCAUUCGUUGUCUUCUAUGGGGAACCAAAUGAAGCCCAGAACACCGAGCUCACGGGAAAGCUCAUACUCAACAACCCAGAAUCCAUGUCCGUCAAGAGCAUUCGCAUGACGCUUCAGGGCACGCGCAAAGUAGCCUGGCACACGACCAACACCGUUACCCCACAGCCGAUAUCCCAGAAGCAAAACUUCCUCCUCGAGAACCUUAGUCUCUUUCCCGUAGACGGCUCCAAGAACAAGGCGCACAAGAUCAAUGCUGGCGUGCAUGAGUGGGAAUUCAAGUUCAAGAUGCCCUCCACGCUCGACGAGAGCAUCGAGGGGCUACCCACAAACUGGGUUGUAUACAACUUGAAGGCAACCGUAGACCGUGGCUAUAUGAGCAAGCCAUUGACUGCCUCCUCACAUAUUCGAGUUAUACGGACUCUUGGUCGCGAUCUUAUGGAGAGCGUGCCCAUGGAACAGAUCAACGAGGAUAUCUGGGCUUCUAAGAUCGCAUACAAGAUCACAGUGCCUCAGAAGAACUAUAUCGUCGGCACCUCGAUAACCGCCGACUACGUCCUGAUCCCGCUCCGGAAGGGUGUCGAAAUCGCAAACAUAAAGAUGGAACUCAUCGAGUCGAGACAGCUCUUUUGCGAUUACGCUGGGCGCAGGAUCUCUCACACUACCGAAGUCCAGGUCGCGUGCACUGAGGGAACGAUGCCGGAAAACUCCAAAAAUCUUGUGCCCGAUGGGGUUGAAGACGCCGACCAGCUGUUUGACGAAUGCCACCGCUUCUCCAUGACGUUGGAUCUCCCCAGAUCCCUCAAGAACUGCAGGCAGUCUGUAGACACCGAGAACAUUCGUAUAUCGCACAAGUUGCGCCUGUACGUCAACCUACACAAUCCGGAAGGUCACACGAGUCAGCUGCUGGUGAAAAAUCACGUACACUUGUUUAUCUCACCAAACCUGCCUCCGGGUGAAGAUCAAUCUGUCCUGGUCGACCCGCAGAUUCUGUCGCAACAAGCUGUGCAGGACGAAGUAAACCAGAAUGCUCCGCCAACCUAUGGUCUUCAUCAGCUAGAUUCGCUCUACAACGACAUCGAUCCCAGUGGUUUCAUGACGCCUGGUGCCCACGCAAGUUAUGGAAGCAGCGGUGCAAACACACCCUUCUAUGCUCAAAGCAGAUCUGGUUCGGCGGAAGAUUUGGCAUCGCUGAAUGCCAUUGCUGGUGGUGGCGCUUCGGCAGCGGCUCUGCAGCAUCGUCUUCAAAAUCUUGAUCUGAAUUCGCAAGGCAGCCAUUCACGGUUCUUACCUAUUCGACAUCACUCGUCUGGGGCCAACACCCCACAUUCGCGACCAGAUGGUGUUAAUCAUACGCCUCCUAGUGGCUACUUCGACAACCACCCUGACUAUGACAUGGAAGCUCUGACGCGCACACCCUCCUACAAUACGGCUGUGCGAACGCCCGCUCGAACCCCGAUCUCUGAGGACCUACCCACCUACGAAAUUGCCACCUCCAGACCAUCGAGUCCUAGCAGGACUCCCACGAGCAGAGGCACAACUCCUAGUCCAGCUCGCAGCCUUGACACACUGCGAGAAGAGACGGAGAGGAACACAGCGAUGAAUAGUCGGAGAGAAUCUCCGAGGCACAGCGGUGACGGAAGGUAA